AUGGGGAGAAAAGAAUGCUUGGUGGUUCGAUUCCACCUUUUAGUGAAUAAAAAAAAAAAAAUUGGGGAGAAAAGAGUGCUUGGUGGUUCGAUUCUACCUUUUAAUGAAAAAAAAAGAGUGCUUGGUGUUGCUCAGCGUAGAUGCACUUCGGAUUAUUCUUGGGCCACAAAAGAUAUGCAAUCUAAAGGUGUUUCUUGUUGA